AUGAUCUAUCAGCGUCAUCAGGGACGCGUGUCCGCCCUUGGGGUCGAAGCGCUGAAGGAAUGGGAACUUUACAAGCCUCUUGAAAACUGUGGGUGCUUUGCCUUCCAUGCCUCGUGCUGGAAGCUGCUUCUCCUCCGGCUUGGCUGUGACCAGGCCGGCCACUUCCCAGAUGAGACGGUCAUUGCGGAGUCCGUCUUCCACCUACUUUAUUGCACGCCUUCCCUCUACGGCUCCAGUUUCCAGUUCGGUCACAACUAUGGGGGUGCUGCGCAAACACAUAAACGUUUCGGACAACCAAAGACCGUGGCUUCAGGGUCACGUUUUUGCGCCGACCCGUGUGCAAUUCCUUCCAUGGACGAGUUGGAAAAUUACCGCAAAGAGUCGUCCGCAUGUGCGUCUAGUUCCGCUGGAACUGAUGAUGACCGGCCUGCAGUGCCAUUACCUUGUGGUACGAGGAGAGAGAUUCGGGGGACGCUCGAAACGCCGCAUAUCUUCGAUGGACUCUCGCCCGAGUUGCAAUACGAGAUAUUGUCAUAUCUAUCCUUUGCUGAGCUUCUUAACAUCAGACUCGUAUGCAGAGAUCUUGCUCUAUUUACGGCCCCUGAUAUGCUCCCACAGUCGUACUGGCGGAGUAGGUUCCUCCUCGGCCAGGAGACUGACUUUCUUUUCCCGAAUCUCACAACUACGCGAGACUGGUCUGGCCUCUACCGCGGGACCAGGGCAGCUUUACGAGAUGGACUCCUGCCAUUAAUCAAUCGAAGGAGAAUUCGGCGGCUGCUGGAGCCCAUCGCUGUUCUUGUAGAGAUAAGGACCCAUUUUCAGAAAGGCCCGUCCGGAUCUGCUGCUCAACCCGCGGAAAGCCAAGGUGGCUGUUUUCAACUAAUCGGUGGCAAAAACCUCCCUCGUCUUAUACAAGUAACGGGCUCUUUUUCCGGUCGAACCUCCACUGGUACAGAUACCGCCUUGAGGCAGGGAUGUCGUGUGCUUUACUACAGGACACAGUCUUUCAGCCUCCGGCGCUGGCAGAAUCGACAGCGAAUAGGCAUCUCAUUCGUCAGAAUUGGCUCACGAAGCUUUAUAUCGGGAAUUAGCCUAUUGUCGCCAGGUGAUUGCAGUAUCGCCGGUCGUUGGGUUGGGUAUCACAGUCCAGCAUCUGAGCAGUGGAUAGAGACACCGUCCACCUCCCAAGUAAAGGGUCUUUGUGUGGCUUUCCGUGCGGAAGGGCUUGUGGGAGUCAGGUUUUUAUUCACGCAGUCAGACCCUUCAAGUCCCCUUUUACCCGCUCAAUCUCCUCGGGCCUUUGAGCCGUUGACCAAUAUUGACUUCGGCGGUCCAAGAGGUCUGCUUCUCGGUUCUUUAUCAAGGCUGGCGCUCCACAUGGUAUCCUGUCUGUGCCCAAUCAUCGGAAUAGAGAUAUUCUUCGACGGUAGAUCUGUUUCAACCAAUUACGGACGAACUGCCACUUUCGCUCCCCUUUGCUGUCGGCUCAAUGCAACCGUUGGCCCAAUACCGAUUGUGCCAGCCGAAAACACCAUCACGGGACUUAUUGCUGUUGACCGUUCCGGUAGCUACCAGACCUAUGCAUCGCUCAAGAACGUCCGAAUGAUUCAGGCUUCAACGGGCAUGCAAGGCCGAUCCAGAUCUUCGAACCGCAUAUGCGGGUUGAAGUUCCAGUAUUACAACCACCCAAGCCCCGGAACUGUGGGACAAUGGAUGAAUGAGCUUGACGAGGAUGGUUUUGAACUCUCCCCGGAUGAGGAGGUCCGCUCGUUGACUAUCUGGUUGACAUCAAUGGGAUUCUCUAGACAGACUCCGGGGAGGGAACUGGGUCAGGUCAUUGCCAUACGCAUUGAGACAACGCACUCUCGCAGUGUAACAUUUCGCUCUCCGGACUUUCACACUCUGCCAGCCAGGACUCUGCAACAUCAAUUUCAGAGUGAUGCUGACGAGAAACUUACAGCUAUAUCAUGGAUCAUGGAUGAGUCUUAUGAGUGUGUCCGAGCCGUCACGUCUCCAGACGAAAACGGAAAAAUCCAGUUGUUGAUCCCAGAAAGAGGAGCUCCCUUUGACCAGGUUCGGAAGCUUUACUUUGAGAGGCGGAAUACGAACGGCAGUAGAGAGGGCAUCGUCACAGCCGAGGCAUACAUUCGCGACGAGGCGAUCGUCGGACUUGUAUUCACCUAUGCGUCGGGCGCCAGAACGGGCAUAGGUGAGCUUGAGACGGACACGCAUCAACGGAUUCAGUUCGAGAGGCAUGAGAGGAUCGUUGGCAUGUCAGCUGGGGCCUUGGACCACAGUUUGAUGGAAAUCGGGUUCGAAGUUGGACAGGACGAGCCACGGUACAAGACGCUUGGACUUCCCACCACGUCGCCCGCUGAUGGAGAUCCUUACGAUGGAUAUGACUGGCGAGACGUAUGGCGCAGAGAUGGGUCGUCAGCGGAUUAUCACUCUCUCGCAGGGGGCGGCAGCGUAUACGAUCUACCAAGGAAGUCACUAGUUAUGGCGCAGUGGAUCCAGGAGCGAUGA